ACGUAAUCAUGAAAAACGGCCGGGACACUAGGGGGAACAACCAACAAACGACAAUGCUUGGAAUUGGGAAGCCGGGUAAAUGUUAAAACCGGGAGGGAAAAGUAAACACGAAAGGGUGAAGCUUAACAACAAGAUAAACGGGGAUGCUCCCGUCAUCACUGUUUGUACGCUUCUCCAUUAAGAUUUGACUGAUUCUGGUGUACGGUAAACCAAACGAAAAAUGUAUCGUAGAAAGAGAAUUUGCAAGCAGUUUUGCGUCUUCGCUUUCCCAACGUUGCUAGUGCUUGCCCUCGUACUCGGCUACAGCAUCGACUGGUCGGUGGAGCAAGAGCGGAGCGGACCUCAUGGCAGGACGGAUGAGGAUGAUGGAGGCGAAGAUCUUCUCGAAGACUUCGUCCGUGGAAUGGGCAGUUUGUCCUCGUUCGACUACGACCAACCUGUGAACUUGACCAACAAUCAGACUCGGACUAAUGUGUCAGAACCAUUUGCAAAAGCAACUUAUGCCAAUGUACCACGGGCAUUGUACCGUUUUGCACCAGAGGUAUUUGAUGCUUUCCCGAGCAAAUUUCUCCCCAAUAUCAGAAGCCCUUGCUGGACAGACCCUCGAACCGAGGAAUUGAACUGCUUACCAUCCUUCUUUGUGGCUGGUUUCCCGAAGUGCGGUACCAGCGACGUCUAUGCUAAACUUUACCGGCAUCCGGGCAUUGUCCGGACAAAGAAGAAGGAACCCCAUUGGUGGACACGCAACCGAUUUAAUGGAUCGUUGCUGGAAUAUACCGGAAAUUUCCAAACAUUGGCGAAAAGGAUUUCAGCCAAUGCAAGUGCAUCGAAAAAUCUUAUUUCGGGGGACGCGUCCGUGGCCACCGCUUGGAAAAACGACAACUGGCGCCUUUUUUUCCCCACUGCUAACGAACCGUUGUACGUCACAGCGGAAUUAAUACACCAGGUCCUGCCCAAGUCCAAGAUAAUCUUUCUUUUACGCGAUCCGAUAGAAAGAGCCUUCUCGGACUAUUUAUACAUCAACUUCCUACGACGGCGCAAGAAUGGAUGGGAGGGACCAAAAGUCAACGUCAUUACAUUUCACCGAGAUGUUCUAAUGUCUAUAGCAAUAUUGAAAGCUUGCAUGGGCAAAGGGCGAUUCUUGCGAUCUUGCUCAUACGACUACGCGGAGUCCUUACGUGCGCGGAUAACAGUCAGCCAUUAUGUUGUGUAUCUCCGUGAUUGGCUGCAAGCGUUCCCACGUGACCAGAUUUUUGUGUUGCAAUUGGAGGACUGGAAAGGCAACUGCGAAAAGUGGCUUCCAAAGUUGUACUCCUUUUUAGAACAAGAAAAACUCAGUGACGAAACCAUCAGAGAAAUAUGCAAGAAGAAAAUGAAAAACGGCCCCCGCUUCAAUCGGAAGGUCGGAGGGGAGCUACUGAACAUCACUCGGUCAGCCCUUGACCAGUGGUACGCUCCGUUCAACGAGGAACUCGCCAAGUUUUUACGGGAUAACGAUAUGUAGUUUCUGUUGAGAGACUUCAGAAGAGUGACUUGAAGUUUUCAUCGGGCCGGGAAGCGCAGAUCACCAUACCCACCCCGUCUCGAUCUGUUUCCCCGGUUGUGGGGCCAAUAAAAAUGUGGAAAGAAAGUGCACUGCCGUGGACUCGAAGUCUGGAGCAUAAACCUCUGUUUUUACGCCUGUACUGAGAGCGGAGAGAUUGCGAACUAUGGAAGUGUUAGAUGGUG